AUGACCCCUUUGCCGCCAAGGCCGGAGAACGACCCUGCAUCACUGCUUGCGGAGCUCGAGGCGGGGCUGUCCUCCGCGCCCCCCCCCUCCGCCCUGGACCCAUUCGCGUCAGACAGCAUGGCGGAGGCCUUUGGGGCGGAUCUAGAGGCGGAGGGGCUGGGGGGGCUGGCAGCGCUGGGGGACGACGAGGGGGACGACGCCUGGGGGACGGCCUUCGGGGGGAGUGCGCUGCUGGGGGGGGAUGGGGACGCGUGGGGGGGAGGGCUGGACGCGGCGGAGUUUGGGGUGGAGCAGGGGGAGGAGGAUGCGUUUGGGCUGGGGGGUGGGGGGGACCUGGGUGCGGCGCUGGGGGGAGGCGAGGGGGCGGCGGGGGGGUCUGCGGUGGUGGCUGCACGGCAGCUGGAGGUGGCACUUGGGCUGGGCUCCAUGGAUGUGUCAACCCCAGCAGCAGUCACCCCACCAGCAGCGACAACACCAUUCACACCAGCAGGCCCCUCACAGCCCACGUUCCGAGUGGAGGAGCGCAUCAGUGCCGACUUCCUCGGUGCCUCGCUCACGCGAGUGCGCCUCUCCGGAACCGUCUUCCUCACUCUCCCGCUGCCCAAGGCCCCUCCGCUUGCUGCAGGGGGGCCGAUGGGGGUGUGCGGUGGCGCUAUUGCGCUGCACCAUGCGUCCAGGCAUAGUGAGCGACCUGGGAAGGGCUACUUCCACUUCCGCAUGCCUCCCCCCGGCACCACCUUCCCCCCGCUCUCCGCCCCCUCUGCUGUCGCAGCCUUCCCCCAGGCUCCCCCCAUGGCGGACCUGCUGGGGGAGGGGGACGAGGGCAUGGGGGAGGUGGUGAACCCGGGGGAAGGGGGGGAGGGGGGGGGGGGGGCGGAUGGGCGGGCGCAGGAGUUUGUGCUGAUGAAGUAUCGGCUGCAGCCCCGAUACACGCCCAUUCCACUGCGACUCAGGUUUGUCACAAGGAGGAGUGAUGAAGCGCUCUCACUCAUGAUCCAGUACGUGGCGAACCCGUAUCUGCAAGCGCCGCUGCUGAACGUCACCUUCAUCCUCUCCCUCGCCUUCUCCCCGGCCUCCCUCCGUCUCAACCCAGAGGCACAGCUUGACCCGUGGACCAAGGAGCUGAGGUGGCAUGUCCCACAGAUUAACUCAAAUGACCCACCGCAGCGCCUGAGGGCUCAGAUCCCAGUGAUUCCAGAUGACUUGGUGCACGGGGCAGCAGAGCGGACAGCGGAGGAGAAGCAGGCAGAGGAGGAUCGCAAGGCAAAGGAGAUGGCGGCGUAUCGCGUGCGCGUGGAGUUUGAGUGUCAUGGAUCGUCUCUGUCGGGUGUUACUGUGGGCGAGGUGAUGGCUUCAGGCAAGCCUCCGUUUGCCGUUGCAGGGCAUUCGUUUUCCUCUUCAGAGUAUAUAUGCUCAUGA